AGAUCGAGAGUCAACCACCUCCUCCUCCUAGUUGUUCGGUGUGAUCGCGAACGUGCGGGCUGUGUCGAAAAGAUACGAAGUGCACCCAGGGAAAUCAAUACAGUUUGUGAUUCGAUGACCGUACGUUCAUUAUCUUAACGUUAUAAUGUGAAUUAACUACACGAAUGAUGGUUAUUCGCGCCACGUAAAUAUCAAGAUUUUCAUCGUCGUUAUUUCUAGCAACAACGAAGAAACUAUGGUGGUUGCAAUUAUGCCGUAGCCCUGUUAAUCAACGCGCAUCAAAAUUAACCCAGUUAUAGUACAACGACCGUUCUCUGAUGGGUAACGCUUCUAACAGGCGAACAACGCGUCUACCAUAAGUCUGAGUAGGCAUACACCGAUAAAUCGGUGUAGAAAAUAAAGGAUAGCGUACACGUACAUAAAACAUGGAAAAGAGACACAGAGUGGUGGCGUUAAUCGGGCUGAUUCUAUUCCUUAAGUCUUCGGACGCGGAAAGCGGCAGCAAGGAACAUUCUUAUUCUCACCACCGACAAAAGAGACUAUUCUGGAUAACGAACGAUGGUCGAAUAGCUUUGCCGCCAGGCACGGUAAUGACGAUAACCCCAACCUUAGCUUUGCCGUUUGUCAGAUAUCCACCCUAUGGUUUCCUCAGCAAUAUGACCAUCAGCCUACCUUUUACCAUCGAUUUCGACAAGCUCGGUUUAACCGAUAACGAGAAUCCUUAUGGCGCUCUACCAUCGGCGUUCGACGCUACCGCGAGGGAUCAAGGAUCGUCCACGGCGGAAUUUAUAGCGACAUUCGUCAAAGGUGGACUGAAUAAGAGAGAGGCUACCGAAAAUCUGCCAAAGAAUGCGUUUUACGGGGGCGAAAGAGCUUUGUUGUACGGUACCGCCGAGGAUAUGCUUGGAAAUUUCGGUUUGAACGGCAAGGCUUGUUUGCUUAGAGCAAUAUGCGAGGUGCAGGGUCACCCGUUGAGCAAUUUCGGUCUGGUUGGGGAAAUGCUCAAGCUUUUCUUCACUGCUAGCAAAUCACCGUUUGCGAACCUUCUGACAGAGUACAUCGAAGCUGAGAAUAGAGGAAAAUUUCACGGAGAAUGUUGGCCUUACUUUAAAGACUGUCCAAAAUCUUUGUUUCACCCUUCGGAGAAUAAGUAUACGAAUGAUGCAUUUAACGACAGUGCGGCGGCAACCGAAUCGGUUGAGAUUCGGCAAAAAAAGGAUCCAUAUUCCCCUUCGAUCGAAUCAACGGAUCGUGCAACGAGAAACCCUCCGUUCCCUCGAAAUGUAAAAUCAAUGCCGCAUCCCUCUAUGUAGCUUUCGAAACAAGCCAAAUUCUAUUUUCACAAGUCGAAGAAAACCUAUAAACUGCGCGCGCCCUUCUUUCUUUCAAAAUUCUUUUUUAGAAUAACAAUUUAAAUAACGGACGGUGAAAAUGUCGCGCUUUCGACUUGAUCACUUGUAAAAGAAAAAACAACCAAAUACAUACUAGCAUUUUACGCUUCGUUGGCCUAUUUUGGCCUUUGUCGCGUGUCGUAUACACGCGGCUUUUAUCGCCAUAUUAUGUCUAGUAAUUUAUUCUCCGAUGAUGUUUUACAUUAUAAUAAUAUCAAAUUAGUUUCUUGUGAAAGCAACUCUACGUAAAUUGAUUUAUGUAAUUAGAUCAGUGGUUCUUAACCGAUGCUCCGUGAACUUAGAGAAAGUGUUUUGCCAAAAUAUCCCAUUAAAAAGAUUGUCAUAAUUUGUUUUACUAUUGACCGAUAUGUUACGUACACGAUUUUUAUUUAAUAUGCAAUAUAAAAAAUAUAUAUACUGUUUUAUUUUAUGACUAUGUUCCGCAAAAAUCUUGUAAAAUUGUAAAUGUUCCGUAAUUUUGAAAAGG